ACAUCGUAUUGAUUAUAUUCCAAUAUUCCGGAAACUGUUUAUGGGUGCAGGCAGUGUUCCGAAGAAAGUGUCAUCUCUAAUAGCGGGAAUCUGGGCAUUCGUUUCAAAGUUGGCAAAUUUAUAAAAACUGUUUUUAUUGCAAUAAUGUGUGAAGUUGGAAAUUUAAUUGAUUUGACAGGCUGGGAUGGGGAAAAGAAAGAUGAAGAAGCUCAUGACGAAUUGGAACCUAAAACCGAUGCCACAUCUAGUUUUAAGGGACCAUACGAUCCCUUUGACUGCGUGGAAAAGGAAGCUUGUAUUAAGGCUAUUAAUUUAAAGUCCCAACAAGAGGCAAAGCCAGUUGAAGUCACAACGAAAGAUUUUGAUCCAGAUCUUAACAAUGAAAGUCCUCCCAUUGGCAUGCAUGCCGAGUUGGACGGAGCAGUUGGUGGACUCCUCGACCGUCAGCGCUCCCUUAAUAGUAACAAUUCAUUUCAAAAGCAUUUGCUCAAGCUGAAGGCAGCCAUUGGUGUUAGUACGCCACAAAAUGGACGAAAAUCUCAAUUCGGAAAGACAAUUCUCUCCGAUGAAAUACAAAUGCUGUCAGCAGAAUCGCCCCUUAAACUCAUUGACGAUGACCAAGAUGAUACUCUGUCGCGCGCAAAAUUCGAAGCAGAUCUAAAGUUAAUGAGAAUUUCGUCAUUCGACUCUGAUGCCACAACAGUCGCGGCGAAGACAGAAACUCAUCCACAGAUCGAAAAGAGUGCGUCUGUGGGCAAAUUAUUGCAAGAUUUGAAAAAUCUUGUAAAUGACAAAUUGGAUGAACAUCUGAAACAGGAGUUCAAUGUGAUAAUUGAUUCACUAAGUGCAGCAAUUGGCAGCGCCUGCGAAUUGAAAGGUCAACAGGAUAAUGCGAAAACUCCAACCAAGAGUUUGCCCCAUGUCUACACACGACAGGGAACAUUUGAUCUCGAUUUGGAUAUACAGACACAAGAACAUAGGACAAAGUCCUUAGAUAUUGUGGAGUGCGGAGCAAAAAUGCAAGAAUUACCAGAUGUUAUGACGUCGUCCUCAGCCACAUAUGACUGUGAGCCGGAGGAGAGGGAGCCAGUCAUAAAGUCGCACUCCUUUGAAAAGCCGAAGGAUCCGUAUAUGAGGGAGGUUGUGGACGCUACCCUGGCACUGCAGAUAAAUGAGCUCUUGGAACGCCAUAACCUCACUCAGUCCACAAAAGGCGACUUGAAUGAGCUGUCAACAUCUACUGCUGUUCACAAUGAAACAGUCAAUAACCAACGACCAACUGUGAUUUUAGUUGUUAACAAUCCUUUAACAGGAUCAUUAUCCUCCAUUGGUAGUCAAUUACCAUCAAGCUGUAUGGCAUAUUCGUCUCAUGGCCCGAGCGAAUCCAAAAUAAACCAAAUUUCGGCUCAAACAGAUUCAUCGAGCGGUUCAACGCGUCGCCGAUCGUCCUCUCUUUCAAUUCACGACAAAUUCCAGCACAUGCCGGACAUAUCUGUGAUUAACCAGGGGCAGCAGCAUCACCAGAAAAUGGAAAACAGCCAGAAUAUUGCACCGAAAGAAAGCCAAUUGAAGACACCUUUAACAUCGGACAAGUCGCAAGCCAUGGCUGGAUUUAGACAGCGGCGAAAUUCUUUUUCAAAUUUGUCUGCAUCAACAGCCAACGGGAGCAAAGCAGCAGUUCCUGGCCCAAGAAGUGCGCUGCAAGUGAGCAAUAAUCAAGCCAAACGACACAUCUUUGGUCCUCGCACCUCAAUGACGGCCCAAUCAACGAUUUCCAAGAGCACAGGACCCAUGAAAGCAGUCAUACCUGUUAAACGCGUUGCUCCCACUUUGAAGACUCCGAAUGUGUCUUCCAUGGACACAUUUGACGAAUCUUCCUACCAAAACCCUAUGAUGACUCCUCACCCGAGGACUGCUCAAAAAGUAUUCUGUACCAGCACACCGAUACCGCAAAUGCGUCAAUCUGGCCAGCAACAGCGUAGAAAUUCGCUAAGACCAUCAGUAGCCAGCAGUAACAGCAACAGCUCGAUGUACUCGACGACCCAGGUGCGACGCGCCAGCUUCUCGAGGAAAACUGGUGGAGGUUCCGGCUAAAUUGACAUUAGUAUGAUGAUCAGUUCAAACAUUAUUACAAACACGAAUGGUACUUAUUUCCUAAUCUUAUUUACUUAUUAAUAUUACUUUGUCCCAAACUGAAUGAUCAAUGCUUUGUUAGAUGUGAUAUUGUCAUAUGAAUAUGACAUGUUUAAAUUGUUACUUGUAUCCAUUCCAUUUUGUCACUUAAAUUAAAUACCUAAGUAUAGUAACUUGUAUUGAGUGUAACAUUUUGUAUUUAGAAUUACAUUAUAAAUUAGAGAUUGCUACUUAUAUAUUACGGCGGAUAAACCAGUUUAAAAAUUUCAA